AUGGCAUACGGAGCUGGAGACAUGCAAGAUUUUCUCGACAGCAAAACGGUAUAUCUGCGACCAACAGCGAGCUGGCGACGAAUGCUUGUGCAGCAGCCUCCAAUUAUGGGAUUGCAAUGGAUUGACCGCAGUCUCGGUGAUCGUCGCAUUAUUACCAUGCAAAGGUAUAACCUUCCAUCAGAGGCAUGCGGAGAUGGCCUUCGGAUGAACACGCUAUACGACUUAGUGGUCUGGUCUGCGGAAGAUGCCGAACAGUUCUUUUAUUUCCGAAUCGCCUGGAGUUCUUACAAAACAUAUUCCCACCAAUUCAGGAUGCCCAGCACUUCGAAUCCGGACCCUUGUGGAAGGAACGAUCCCCAAUACAAAUCAGCGUUCAGGUACGCGAUUCAGAACUCGAGUCUUCUCCUCGAUACGUGGCAUACUGAACGUAUGCCUUUUGAUCUAUUGAAUACGUUCGGUGAAGAUACAUGGACGUGGGACUUGAUACGCGGCCUGAAAUUGCCAAUGGGCGAUUUCGAUGUCGACAAAGUUCUUCGAAAAAGGAAAGUUGAAUUUGUCAACAGCUGGUGCAGGAUGGCAUCAGACCUUUACUAUGGGUAUACGCAAGAGAUGGAUAGUUGUUCAGGAGGCUUUCCAUUGCCGGAUGAAGAUGAUGAAGAUCUAUAA